AUUUUCAAAACAACUUGUGGCUUCCUGAAGGGGAAAGAAAAUAUAGCACAAUUAAUCAGAAAAGGGGGAAAAACCUGACAUCAAAUUCCAACAACUCAGAAUGGAAUUUACCCACAUAUUUUAUGAAAUUUUCAAUUUCAUUUCAAAAUAACAUACAUGGUACAUAGCAAAGGCUAUCUAUAGGUAAUUCUCAAAGGAAUCUGAAAAUGUUGGUCCCAAAAACUUCCUCAUCCUCAACGUUUCAGUGUUUAAAUUACUGUGGUUUACCUACUGAAACAAUGUAUAAAAUCUGGCUAAAAAUAAAUAACUAAUCAUUUCAUUUCGUGACAGUCUCUAUAAUUCCAUCUUAAAUUUUCCAAUGAAUAAAAUGUGAAUUUUAUAAUACAUGUACCCUUUUUAAUGAUGCACUCGGACACUAACAUUCUUUAUCAGUGGCCUUUUUAAGAUUUGAAGGGAAUGCUUCAAUCAUUGAAGAUAUUACUCACACAAAAUGGUACGUGACAGACUGAAAGAGUUACAGGAAAAGCACGAACAAUUUUGCAAGAAUGACGACCACCAGACAGAAGAAGGUAAAAUUGUCGCACGUUAUUCAAACUCUGAAAUACAACUUGACUUAUGUCUCCAUAAAGUUACACAAAUAAGUAAAAAGAUAAUCGCAAUAACAAAUGACGUAGAACAUUUAGAGCACCUGCAAAAAGACAUCAUAGCAAAUCCAUUAUUAGAUCACAAGGAAGUUGUACAGCUCGAAAGAUCAUCUGAUUUGAUAUUCAAUACAUCGGCUGCGAUACAGAAAGAAAUAAGUGAAUAUCGAGCAGAGGUUGGUCAGAUGCAGAUGCAAAAGUCUCAUGAAAUUGUAAUUAAAAACCAUCUAAACAAAUUAGAAAGUGAUUUAACGAAAGCGAGAAAUGAUUUCAGAGCGGCACAAGUGGAUUAUAUAGAAAAGACCCAACAAUUACAUCAGAGGGAGUACGAUAUAAUGACAGGACAUGAUGAUGAUCACCAUGACGACCAUGACAAAACCCACUCCCCAUUACCUGCCGAGUUCCUAGGCGAUUAUUUUGCUCAGGCUGAGGAAGCAAAAGCGGAACUACGUGAAAUCAAGGCUAGAGAUAAGCAGAUAAAGAAAGUUGAAGAAAGCGUGAUUCAAGUGAAUCAACUAUUUAAAGAAGUUAAUAGUUUACUAAAAGAGCAAGGUGAAAAAAUUGAUACCAUAGAGAAAUGUGUGGAGAACAGUGUGGACUAUGUGCAAGAAGCAAAUGUUGGAUUAAAGCAAGCAAAGAAAUAUCAGUCAAUUACGAGGAAACAUAAAAUAUAUUGUGUGGGUGUUUUAGUGGCUAUAUUAGCCGUUACUGUACUUCUUGUUGUCAUAGUGAUUACUUCUCAAACAGAUUAAAUUAACCGAUAGAUAGCCAAAUAUGUGUUUGAACAUAAAUUAUUAA